CCCGCCCAUUUGACCAUAUAUGGUUCGUCUGGCGGUGCUGCGUGCGGCUACAUCCACCCGGCAAAAUUGGACACGAGACAUCAGUGAGCGCCCCGAGACCAGCUCCACGUUAUCCAGCCUUUUACAACCAUGCCAUCCGACCUAGCCAAGAAGAAGGCCGCGAAGAAGAAGGAGGCUGCCAAAGCUCGCCAGCGUACCAAGAAAACUGAUGAGUUGGAGGAUGAAGAACCAGAGACUGAGCUUAAUGGAGCACAGAGCAAUGGUAUUGUCCAUUUGACCAAGGAGCUGGAUGAAUUUGAACUGGCGAAGACGGAAGCACGAGCUGUGACCGGCGUUCUGUCCUCACACCCCAACAGCACUGAUGUCCACAUAAGCAGCCUGUCCCUCACCUUCCAUGGUCAAGAGCUGCUAGCAGACACAAGCCUGGAGCUCAACUCAGGCAGACGCUAUGGUCUCAUUGGUCUGAACGGCACAGGAAAAUCCAUGCUAUUGUCAGCUGUCGGGCACCGCGAGAUUCCCAUUCCAGAGCACAUUGAUAUUUACCACUUGACCCGGGAGAUGGCGCCCAGCGAAAAGACUGCUCUGCAGUGUGUCAUGGAGGUGGAUGAACAAAGGAUUAUGCUGGAGAAGGAGGCAGAGAGACUUGCCCAUGAGGACGCCGAGUGCGAGAAGCUGAUGGAGCUGUACGAGCGCUUGGAGGAGUUGGAUGCAGACAAGGCAGAGGUGCGAGCCUCUCGAAUUCUCAACGGUUUGGGGUUCACUGCUGCUAUGCAGCGGAAGCAGCUCAAGGACUUCAGUGGAGGGUGGAGGAUGCGUGUUGCUCUGGCCAGAGCCCUGUUCAUCAAGCCCUUCAUGCUGUUGCUGGAUGAGCCCACCAACCACCUGGAUCUGGAUGCUUGUGUGUGGUUGGAGGAGGAGCUCAGUUCGUUCAAGCGAAUCCUCGUGCUCAUCUCCCACUCUCAAGACUUCCUCAAUGGUGUGUGCACCAACAUCAUCCACCUGCAUCAGAGGAAACUGAAAUACUACACGGGUAAUUACGACCAGUACAUUAAGACCAGAGAGGAGCUGGAAGAGAACCAAAUGAAGCGCUUCAACUGGGAACAGGACCAGAUAACGCACAUGAAGAAUUACAUUGCCAGGUUUGGACACGGUUCUGCCAAGCUAGCACGACAGGCACAGAGCAAAGAGAAGACGCUGCAGAAGAUGGUGGCUUCAGGCUUGACUGAAAAAGUCGUGAAUGACAAGACUCUGUCAUUUUCUUUUCAUCCCUGUGGGAAGAUUCCUCCUCCGGUUAUUAUGGUUCAGAACGUGAGCUUCAAGUACAGUGACAACCAGCCGCACAUAUAUAAAAACCUGGAGUUUGGUAUUGACUUGGACACACGAGUGGCUCUGGUGGGGCCCAAUGGAGCCGGGAAGUCCACGCUGCUGAAGCUGCUGAUGGGAGAGCUCCUACCCACCGAUGGCAUGAUCCGCAAGAACUCUCACGUCAAGAUUGGCAGAUAUCACCAGCAUCUGACGGAGCAGCUGGAGCUGGACCUGUCUCCUCUGGAUUACAUGAUGAAGUGUUUCCCUGAUAUCAAAGAGAAAGAGGAUAUGAGGAAGAUCAUCGGUCGCUACGGGCUGACCGGAAAACAGCAGGUCAGUCCGAUCAGGAACUUGUCCGACGGACAGAAGUGCCGGGUGUGUUUUGCCUGGCUGGCCUGGCAGAACCCUCACUUGCUGUUCCUCGACGAGCCCACCAAUCACUUGGACAUCGAGACGAUUGACGCGUUGGGAGACGCCAUCAAUGAGUUCGAAGGCGGCACGAUGCUGGUUAGCCACGACUUCAGGCUAAUUCAACAGGUGGCUCAGGAGAUUUGGGUGUGCGAGAAUCAGACCAUCACAAAGUGGAAUAAGGACAUCCUGGCAUACAAGGAGCACUUGAAAUCAAAGCUCGCAAAGCAGCAAGCGCACGACAUCUAGAGCAAUGCCCUCUCAGAGCCACUCCUUUAUCUUGUAUCAUGGAUUCGACCUGCAGGCUCCUGCCACGAUCAGCAGGGUUUACAUUGCAGGAAAUGUCAUUACUAGAACUGAAACAAUCUCUUAUGCAUCUAAUCGGACACGUCUCUUGUACAAGUCAUACUGUAUUUUCAUCUCGGUUUGACUGUGUCACUCAACCCAAUCCUCCCUCCCCUUUUCCACCUCAGGCUGCACUCUGAUUGGCUGGUUCACCUGAAACAUCUCUGUAUUUUGGACGCAUUCCAUUCUGCUAUCUUCAUUAAAAAGUUAAACAUUUUUUGAAUGUUGUUUCAUCCCAAUCUUGGGUCAUAUUUUAUUAUAUUUGAACGGUAACUUUUUUUUUCCUGUGUAAAAGAGCAGUUCUUUAACAAUUCCUUAUUUAACAAUGUAAUGCAAUAAAGGUUUGUCUGAAUAAACAGAACAUUAAAAACA